UUUUCUCUAGCUUUGCAAGUGACCUAUAUUGAAACACCCACCGCAAUUUACCAAAGUGCUGAGUUUCCUGAAGCGCAGCAAUUGUACCUCGGGGUCGGGCUCACUUUACAAACUCCCUCCCUUUCUGGGUUUGUGACACAGCACAGGAGACAUAAAGACGCCAGCACGAUGCAAAUGCAUUUCUUCUUCUCAGACAAGGUGGUGCUUUUGUUUGACUUCUGGAAUGUCCACAGCCCAGCAGGUAAGAACCAGAAUCUGUGGAUUAUUCGCACACCAGAGCCCCCUAACUUAUACCACCGUCAUUUGUACUCUCGACCGAGCCUGAGACCUGGUCUAGUUAGGGAGUUAUUUCAAAAUAACCCCGCUCAGGUCGAGUUAAUAAGCAGAAAGCAGCUGCACUACCAAGCCUGUUCUGAAAAAAUGGGCAGGUUAUUUCAAAAGCUGCGUGCCUGCUUUCCUUGGGGAGUUAUAUUUGCUAAAAUACGGUGGUUUCUGUACCACGUUAGCCAGACCCUGCUCCACGUGGCCCAGGUGGUGAUCGGUUACCUGGUGAUGCUGGUGGUGAUGUCCUACAACGCUUGGAUCUUCCUGGGGGUGAUCGUGGGCUCCACCCUGGGUUACUACUUGGUCUACCCAGUGCUGCACACGCGAUAGAGACGCCACCGUGUGAGAUAGAGGCACCGUGGCCUUCCAGGGCGCGGCCGAGACAAAGAGGGCGACAUCUGCAGUGGCAGGACGUCGAAGGAGGCGCCACUGGCGACCAGGCUCACGCAGGACUGGGUCUGGUGGGAGAAUCAUCCCCAGGCGCCGGGGGGCUCUCCCUAUCCCCCCCUCCGAGGGGGAGUUUCUUCCCCUCACUGUGGCCGCCACUUCUCUACAGCUCUCCAUUUUGAAGAUCGUUUCUGGAGCGUUCCUGCCAGGCGGCCCUCACCAAGCAGGGGCGGGUCCCCCGAGGCGCUGAACCAUGCCAAAUCAGGCUGGGCAGAGGAGGCGCCUCCGCCCUGCAGCUGCCUGCACCCGCACCUCCCAAGACGCGCACUCGCCAAUGACUUCACCCCCCCCCACACACUUCUCACUCAGGAAUCCCAGGAGCCUUUCCCGGCUGUCGGGGGGACUCGGGGCUGGGGACUGAGAGCAAGCGGACGCACUGCAGGCUGGGCGUCCAUUAGCAGGGGCCAGAGGGAGGGGAGCGUGCGGGGACGGAUUGGGGGUUAUUUCACCCUCCCUCCCAGCUUGUUCGUGUUUCUGGCUGGGCUCCCUGCCUGCUUUGUCCACUUCUCCCUGCUGCUUGUGGGCAGGAGGAAAACAAGCCUCAAGAGGCUCAUGCUGGACUCUCCCCUCGCACUGUGCCUUCCGUGUUCCCCUCAGCACCAGCUAUCCGGCUGGAUAGCGCAGGGCGGAGACACAGCUCGGCCCCGCCCCCACACACAUCUGGAGCCGAAAGAAGCAAGUCAGUUGAUUUGAGUGUCUUGCCCAUGCAGUGGCUCGUUUGCUUUGGAAACCGGGGGCUGGUGUGUUUCCCAGACCCUGCUGGGCCGGUUUUAAUAAAGCUCUCCUGAUUGCUUGGCUA